AAAAAUGGACAGUGGUGAAGAAAGGAGUGGAGGGAGAAAGCCGGAGGGCAAGGACGUGGAUGAAGGAGGCAAAGGAAGCAGCAGCAGAAUGGAGAUGAAGAACUGUGGAGACAAGCCUGUUGCAGUUGUUGCUGCUGAGAGCAACAGCCAGUUGGUGCAGCCACUUGAGUCACAGCUCAUUGAUCCUGAGGAGUUGAAACUGGAAAGUGACGUUCAUAAAGGAGGCCCUGUAGAUGAGGAGGAGGACAACAUGAAGCAGUGCCAGUUGCCAACAGCCACAUCUGCAGAACAGCAGAGGGUACACCCUGAGAAGCUGAGAGCAAUUGAGGACGCAAUAAAGGCAGGGAGACGUGGCCAUCCUGAGCCAAUGCAUGACACCUCUCCUUCCAAAAUGCUGAAGCAGCAGCAGACAACCCUUGAGAGAUAUACAUGGAAGCCGUGUUGAAAGCUGGAAUAAAGGAUGGGUGCACUUAAUGAGGACAGUGACUGAUCUUCAGACAAAGCCAGACAGGAGAUGAUUUGGAAAAUGACUUGUUUAACAUUCAGCCCCAGGGCAAGAAGUCAGCAGUGGACACUGCUGAUGAGGAAUUGUUGAGGUACCUGAGGUCUCCUAGCAGGGAAGUGUCAUCACUUCAUGGCUUUCCACUUGUGCUGCGGUGUUUUUUGCAGCACAACACGGGUGUGCCUUCAAACACCACAGUGGAACACCUAUUCAGUACUGGUGGCAACGUAAUGACUGUAAAAAGACAUUCCUUGUCUGACAUGCUCUUUGAGCAUCUUGUUCUUUUGUGACAUAACAGAAAUGUAAUAACAGCAUUUCAAGUGUAAAAUUUGAUUUCAAGUGUUGG